GCGGCGCCAGAAGUUUACUGCCCUGGGAUGCUGCCUGUCACAGCCGGGGUUUUCCUUCCGCGCCGCAAAGUUAUCCGCGCUGCGGAGCGGCUGUUGGGCUCGGUAGCCGCUCUUAAAGAAGAUGUGUGUAGUUAGAAGCUGCGUGCGUGAAGGAGCGGCUUCCCACCGCAGCACUUGAUUCUCGGGAAACUUUUAAUUCUGCGCCUCGAGAAACUCGGUCGCUGCUUGGAUUACUGUGCUGCCUGGGUCUAGAAGAUAACUUGAGGAAAAUGGAAACAGAUGAGGCUCAAGAUAUGUCCCAGGUUUCAGGAAAGGAAAGUCCUCCGAUUAGUGAUGUCCCAGAUGAUGCAGAUGAACCUAUGCCAGUACCAGAGGACCUUUCAACUAGUACUGGAGGACAGCAGAACUCUAAGAAUGAGAGAGUCUUGGCCGGUAAUAUUAAAAUAGAGACUCAGAGUGAUGAAGAGAAUGGGCGUGCCUGUGAAAUGAAUGGGGAAGAAUGUGCGGAGGAUUUACGAAUGCUUGAUACCUCGGGAGAGAAAAUGAAUGGCUCACACAAUGGCCCAGGCAGCAAGGCUAUGUCAGGAGUUGGAGGCAUUCGACUUCCUAACGGAAAGCUAAAAUGUGAUAUCUGUGGGAUAAUUUGCAUCGGUCCCAAUGUGCUCAUGGUUCACAAACGAAGCCACACUGGGGAACGCCCUUUCCAGUGCAAUCAGUGCGGAGCCUCCUUCACACAGAAAGGCAACCUUCUUCGUCACAUAAAGUUGCACUCGGGUGAAAAGCCCUUCAAAUGUCACCUGUGUAACUAUGCCUGCCGUCGCAGGGAUGCCCUCACGGGCCACCUGAGGACUCACUCGGUUGGCAAACCCCAUAAAUGUGGAUACUGCGGUCGCAGCUAUAAGCAGCGCAGCUCUUUGGAAGAACAUAAAGAACGCUGUCAUAACUACCUGCAAACCAUGAGUAUCUCAAGCAGCCUUUAUUCAGUCAUAAAAGAGGAAACUAACCAGAGUGAAAUGGCUGAAGACCUGUGCAAGAUAGGGUCAGAAAGAUCCCUCGUGCUGGAUAGACUAGCAAGUAACGUCGCCAAACGUAAGAGCUCUAUGCCUCAGAAAUUUGUUGGUGAGAAAUGUCUGUCUGAUCUUCCAUAUGAUGCCACCACCAACUACGAGAAAGAGAAUGAAAUAAUGCAGACCCACGUUAUAGACCAGGCCAUUAAUAAUGCCAUCAGUUACCUGGGGGCAGAGUCUCUGCGUCCCCUUGUCCAGACCCCACCAGGUGGUUCGGAAGUGGUGCCCGUCAUCAGCUCUAUGUAUCAGCUCCACAAACCUCUCGGGGACAAUCAGACUCGCUCCAACCAUACAGCUCAGGACAGUGCGGUGGAAAACUUGUUGCUGCUUUCCAAAGCCAAAUCUGUCUCCUCUGAACGGGAUGCCUCUCCCAGCAACAGCUGCCAAGACUCAACAGAUACAGAGAGCAAUAAUGAGGAACGCAGUGGUUUAAUUUACCUGACAAAUCACAUAGGUCCCCAUGCCAGAAACGGCUUAUCUAUAAAAGAAGAAAACAGGCAAUAUGAUGUCUUGAGGGCAGGUACUGACAAUUCCCAGGAUGCUUUCAAAGUGAUCAGCAGCAACGGGGAACAAGUGAAAGUUUACAAGUGCGAACACUGUCGAGUCCUUUUCUUGGACCACGUGAUGUAUACGAUCCAUAUGGGCUGCCACGGGUUCCGCGACCCUUUUGAAUGCAACAUGUGCGGCUACCACAGCCAGGACAGGUAUGAAUUUUCUUCCCACAUAACCCGAGGGGAGCACCGUUUCCACAUGAGCUAAAACUCCUCUGGCACAAAUCCAGCCUCAGCAGCUGCAUUACUGGAGCUGCACGAGCAACAGCAGCAACCAAGCACAAGUCUACCGGACAGUACAAGCACUCAGUACAAGAACGUCAAACAUUCAGACAUCUCCCACAAGAAAAGAUUUUUCUUUUGGUAGCAUGCAUUGCAACUCAGUUUUCUAAAAUGAGUAUUAAAGAAGUUUCUAUUGAAAAUACUUGGUCACCAAAAACCUUUAGUAAUGUAAGUAGGAGCUUUUGUAGACAUGUAGCUGAAAGCCCUUUCCUUUAACUGUUGCUUCCUGCAAACUCCCUUGCCCAAGCUGUUACCCAUGCACAGAGUGCACAGCACGGAUGAGAGCACGACAGGCAGGAGUGGCCUGGCUUUCUGUCUGAGCGUCCUGAGCACAGGACUCUUACGCCACAUGUAUAUUUUCUGACUUCCUGGUAUUAUUUGGCUCAUUUAGGAAGAUUAAACUCAGCUAAAGAUGGAGGAGCCCAUGCUAGAUGACUUUGCAGAUUGCUGGAGUGGGACUGGAACCCAGCCAGAGGGUCCUGGGUUACUUUGGCAGUAAAAAGUAGAACAUUUCCACAUGCAAGGGUGCUGCUUGUACUGAUGUCAUGGCAUGCCUUAUUUGUAUCACAAGGCAGGAGAGCAGGUAUGUGAAAGAUAUAAGAAACACCCUUGUAAUACACUCUGUGAAGUAUGGAUUGCAUUUAAUGUAUAGAAAAGGGUUGUGUUGCCUCUUUUUUCUUUAAGUAAAUGUUUUCUCUCCCUAUCCAAUAAACCCCCUUUUUUAUUAAAAAGAAAACAAAAAAAAACACCCUCCUCUCUCUGCAUAAACAACAGUUAUGAUGUAUUUUUUUUUUUUUAGGUUGUAGUCAUUUAGAAAAGUAUGAUGUACAGUUGGGGAAAGCACUAGCUACAAAUAUGUGCAGGGCAUGUCUCCUUAUACAUAUCUUCCAUCAUUUCAAACUGCCUGGAAAAUAUCCAGGUGUCCCUAUUUUACAUAUGAAAAAUUCCCAUUCUGCUUGCACAGAAAAAGUCCUCUUGCAGAUUUUGUGGCCUCUAGCUGGAAGUGUUGCACCUAACUAUUUUUAAAUCACUGAGCUGAAUUAAAUCCCCUCAGUCAAAAUCUGCAGCUUUCUCCUCUUUCCUGGUACUUGCUGUUUAAUGAGGGACCAAGCCCUGCAAAGGUGCUGAGCACCCUGGCUUCCUACUCAACAAAACAUUUUAGCAUGUUCUUUAAGAUAUAUUUACUUCAGCAGAACUAAUCUUAAGGUUAAAUAUUCAGUGUUUUGCUGAAGAGAGAUCAGAGAACAUAGCAUUUUGCAGAGUCCAUUAAAAUCUACUGAGAGCCUUCUCCAUGGUAUGUUCUGCUGCAGAUAUUUUAACUUUGGUUAUAAUGAAAACUUCUGUGAAGAAUAGAUUUUAACCCCAAACACAGCUGAUAUUAAAAAAUGCCUUUUUUUAAAAAAAACCUUCUUCUUAACUUCCUCUUCCAAAUAGCUCAUUCCUCUCCCUGAGCACCCUCCUAGUUUAAGAUUGGGCAACAAAGAAAUUUGUGCAGCUGCAUAAACAUCUCCCAACAGGGCUGGAAUAUUUCCUGGGCAACAUUUGUAAAAAAUAACACAUCCAAUUAGCUUAGUUAAUGUAUAAAUAUUGCCACGCUACUUUAGUAAAUGGAUAUUGUCCAAUAAUCCUAAUCAUAGAGCCACCAAGACCUGGAAUUUUGUAAUAGAGUUGCAUGGUCUGUAUUAAAAACACUUGCAAGCACAUAUAUAUUAUGAGAGAUUUGAUGGACCCAUGAACACUUGUAUGUAGGACAAUUUGGCCUGAUGGCGCUUAGUUAUAUUUAAUAUACAUUUGUAUGACGAACACCCAGAGUUCCUCCUUCUGCUUUCACUUAUGCGGGUGUCAGUUAGGAGCAACACUGAAGUUAGAGGAAAGCUACUGAUGAAAUAUUGAAUUACAAAUACAUGCUUGGAGAGUUCCUUAGCUUUUCACACUAACUAUAGGCCACUUCCCUUGGGUAACAAAGGUGCGCAGUGGUGGGGUUACACUGCAAGGUGUGCGUAGUUAGUAGCUUCGUCACCAGAUACGACUGCUGUGUAUGAACAUUCACAGACUGAUGCAUACACCUACAAUAGUGCAAAGAAAGUUGUUAGUACAUAUUAGGUAGGAUAGUACAUACAAGUGCACCAAUGCCAGAAAAAAAAAAGGGGGGGGUGGGCUAGUAUAAAGUACAGGUCCAGUGCUGAGUACCACCCCCUCCCAUGGUAUUAUAACUUAAUUACCAAAAGAGAUAUUAUAGCUUGAUGCCUUCCAGCCAAAGAUAUUAUGGAGGUAAGGCCUCAAAAGAUUUGCGGGCUACUAUCAUGCCCCAGCUAAGGUUUCAUCAUGGCUGUUACUGAUUCAGCUUCAAAACACACUGUACGCAGCUACCUGGAAGUAGCAUUUAAAUAAGUUGUAUAGGCGUGAUGUGCAGAAGACCUUCAAAGAAAGGGCUUUCAGUGAUAAGAUUUUUUUUUCAAUUAAAGUUUAAAUUAUUUCGUUUUUCAUAGUUGGCAAGGAUAAAUUCAUCUGUUCUUCCCUCCUCUCACCUUUCCAAUGUGUAUGACCAAGAAGGGACUUGGUAAUGUCUUAGCUCCUCUUCAAUGACAUCUGAUGAGACUAUAGAGAAACACGCUGCUUUUAUUACUGUUACGCCACUUUUCUACUGCUCUUAGAUUUAGGCCACUAUACAUGCCACGCCGUAAUUUUUUUUACACUUCAUUUUGGGGGAGAGCUGAUUUGGGAGGUUGUUUGUUUUGAACUAAAAUAAAAUCAAAAAAACCCCAGAAGUAAAACCACAUUCAUUAUUCGUGUAAACAGGCAUAGCUCCAGUGGAGUUUAAAACUGUCUUGGACUUAGCCUUUAAGUAUGGGUUGAAAAAAUAUUGGUAUUUUAAAUAUCAUUUCUGAUUACUGGAUGGAUUCACUGCCUUGGCAUUUGUAUGCACACAUGCACGUGUGUGCCUGAGGUUCUGUGUCACUUUUCUUGUUGACAUGCACAUGCCAGUAUCUGUGGUUGUGUGUAUCUUUUUUUUUUCUUUUGUAUCUAUCUAUCUAUCUGUAUAUAGAAAAUGGUUUGUACCACAUGAUGAUGCACUGUCAGUUGCAGUGGAUUUGUUUCCUGGGUCUGGAGUUUUCCUAUUUAUACUAUAACACAAUAUGUUGAUGUUGUAUAUUAAACAGUACAGUAGUAUAAGUAAAUUUAUUACGAUACAGUGUAUCAGAGGGUAUAGGCAGGAGCAAACAAAACAGCAUUCCUUGUUUGUAAAGGGGCUCUUUUUUGUUGUUGUUUUGGUUUGGUUUGCACAAAAUCAUCUUCAAAUUAUUUGGCAACAAAUGUUUCAAUAAUUUUAUUUAUGAACAUGUGAGGAAGGCAUGAAAAUAUGCUGUUUUUGUGUGUACAUCUAAAAAAAUUGUGCCCUUAGAAAACUAGUUUAGUGUUAUCUCCCUUUUUCUCUCUUAUGUGCUGGUGCAAUACCCUAUAUGGUUUAGCUCAACCCUAAAAGGAGUGAAUAUGAUGAAUGGCUUUAAGUUUAUAUCUGUUUUUAAAAAGAACUGCUUCCCAACCCUUCCCUGGCACUGCCUUUUCUAAUAGAAAAGUUGUAUUUACACACUUUUUUUUUUUUGCUGUGAUUUUAUAUUGUAACUUCAUUUUUCUUUGAGAACAUUGUAUUUAAAAAAAAUCAAGCAAAUUUCAUAAAAAUUUGAAAUGCAAUUAACUUA